AUGCUGUUUUUGAAAAAUCUCUUUACCCAUGACGUAAACACACACCGCACAACAGAAAGGUAUGUGGAAACCAAGGCAAGACCUUAUGAUGCAAAUCACGACAUUCGCGAGACAUUUUAUGGAAUCAUUCCUAAGCACUAUUUCUCAGAUGUUAUGGUGUACCAAUCAUGUUCAAUGAAUCCAUCUGAUUGGAGGGACCUUAAUGAUCUCUGCAGCACCCAUGCAAAAGAAUUUAAACAUAUACCGUUAGCUUCAUUCAGCCGAGUUAUAAGUGAGAGGGCAUUAAAUUUUAUUAAUUUUUACUAUUAUUAA